CUUGUGUGGAUGUCAAUUUUUCUCUUCCCUGCGUUUUCCGCCAUGUCCUAGUUCCACCCGUCUAGUUAGGCGUCUUCACUAUCAACCGAAGAGAACCUUUUCUUCUUAAAGGUAUGGCUCCAUCAGGAGAUACACGCUUACGUACAGAUAUGGUUGAUUUGACCAGAGAACCCGAGGCCAACAGAAGGACCCGCCUUCAUGAACUAUACCUAAUAUAUUCCUUUAUAUGCCUAGGUACCUACCAUUAUACAUCCAAGACAAGUCUACCGAACCCACACGAUCUGAUUCGUCAAGAUAUGUAUUUCACGGUUGAAUUGUCAAUCCCGUGGCUGUCGACCCUCCUUGGAAUAUUCCGACCCACCAAAAUGUGAACGACAACCGGCCAAGAUGCCCAAGUACCUGGGCAAGACAUUAAGCGAGCUAAACCAGCCGCCUCCGGCUAAAACGCGUCCGAAUCCCUG